AUGGCACAUCUUCUCACUCUCGGCGUGCUGCAUCAACUUAGUACAUUUUUCUUCACACGCAGGCUGCGUCUAUUGCCGAGGGUACUUGGGGACGUCUCCGAGCGCCAAAUAAAGGUAACCCUGCUGGGGGACCAGAAAGUCUCCAUGCCGGUUUGUAUCUCGCCGUCAGCCCUCCAUAAGCGGUGGCACCCGGACGGGGAGAUCGCCACCGCUAGAGCGGCCCACGCAGAAAGGACCCUAAUGGUACUGAGCAUCUACAGCAGCACUUCUAUGGAGGUUGUGAAGAGGGAAGUGCCAGGCGGCCUCUUUUGGCUCCAACUACAGUUCGCCGUUGACCGAGACCUCACGAGGAGCCUGGUGAGACGGGCCGAACGAGCUGGCUACCGAGCACUGGUGGUCACCGCGGAUUGUCCCGUGUUUGGAAAGCAAGUCGGCCUAAUAAAGAGGCCUUACCUGAAGCCACCGAUCGGCGAUUUUGCAUUCACAAUCCCUAAUAGAUUUUAUAUUUCGAUGGUGUCCGUCAUCGACCCCGCGCAGUCUUGGGAUGACAUCACCUGGUUGAAGAGCAUCACCAGUCUACCUUUGGUGCUCAAAGGAAUUACUAAUGCGGAAGACGCAGAGGAAGCCAUCAGUCGUGGCGUUUCGGCGAUCCUCGUGUCAAACCACGGUGGUCGCCAGUUGGACGGACAACCAGCAACCAUCGAGGUCCUCCCAGAGGUCGUGAGGGCAGUCCGUGGACGCGUCGAAGUUUACAUCGACGGCGGCGUCCGUCAUGGCACGGAUGUGAUCAAGGCGCUGGCACUCGGAGCCAAGGCUGUGUUCGUUGGACGUCCCACCAUCUGGGGGCUGGCGUACAACGGUGAAGCCGGAGUGAGGCAAAUGCUGUCGAUAUUGAGGCAAGAGGUGGACCAAGAUCUUGCACUAAUGGGCUGCUCAUCCAUUGACCAACUGGUCCCCGAGAUGGUUGUGCAUCAAGAACACUUUUCCGGCCAGUGCGACCAACUCAAGUGA